AUGUCUCUUGAAAAUUCAAUAAUAUCCAUUCCUGAAGAUUCGGUUGGACAAAAUGAUUCGAAGUUAAUCUCAAUACCAGUUGAAUUUGAAGAAUUCAAUAUAUUGAAGAAAUUUAAUAAACAUAGCAAUCAUUCUUUGAAAGGCUUACAGUAUGGCCAUAUUUGUGCAAGACAAACUUAUCUACAGGAAGAAUUAGAAAAAUUACCUAAACUAAAAAAUGAUGGUUCAAAUUAUAACGAUUGGAAGAAAAAUCUAAAUGCAUUAAUUGAGAUAAAUCCCUUCUUGCCCAUAAUUUUUAAUGAGCAAGAUGUAGACCAAACAAAUGAAAAAGAAAUGGGUCUCUUAACUGUUUUAAAAAAAUUAUUUAUUUUUGGGGUUAAAGAAUCAUUUGAAGACUUUAACGAAUUUGAAAACCUAUCAACUUUUAAGAGUCUAAAAUUGACUCCAAUUUCAGAAAUUUGGAAUUGUAAAGAAUUAUUAGAAACUAUUGACAAGAUGUUUAUAUUUUUAGAAAAAGUAAUCUCAAUUGAUACUUUUGAUAAUUUUUUUGCUUCCUCUUUUAUUUCUCAAAAGUUGGUAGGGGAUUUCAAUAAUGUUACAACACAAGCAAUAGGACGAAGAUUUAUCAACACAUUUAAUGAAAUUGAUACAAUAUAUCUUGAUAUUUGGCUAACUUCUAAUAUUUUUGGUCCAAUCUUGUCAUUAAGAGGUGAUGAUGGGAGACUUCUAAAUUCCUCUAAAUCCUUUAAAAAACAACUAGUAAAGAAAAUUAACGAAUUCUCGAUAAAAGAUUCUUCCCCUACAACAGUUUCUGAAGAUUUAUUUCAAAGAAUUAAAGUAUACUUAGAGUUAUUUAAAAAAUUUAAUGAAGAUAAGAACAAUUAUGCUAACGAUAAAAUGAUUCAGCAUACUGGCUCACCAGAAAUUAAGUAUAAAGCUAUAAAUUUGAAAAAGAAGCAUAUCAAUCAAAAAAAUAUCUUAACCAACAAUCAGCAAACAAGAUCAACAACAUUUGUACGACCAAAAGAAGUCACCACCAAUACUGAACAAAAAAUACUCAUUAUUGAACAGGGAAAAUCUAAAUUCACAGUUAGAGCAAUAUAUAGUAUUAAUGAGAAAAAUGAAUUAGAAACUCAGCAAAAUCCUUUUUUAUCAAAACAAAAUAAUCUUCUCCAAGGCUUAGAUAUCGAACAAGGAAAGAAAUUGCUUAAAAAGUCAACUAAUUUAAAAUUAAAGGGUAGUGGCAAUAAUUAUCUUGGUUCAGCUUUUUAUUAA